CCCGAGAGAUAAACUGGUCUCCCAUCAGCAGGCCCCUGGAUGCUCCGUGGCGCGCCGCCCUCGGCCGCUCGGCUCUUCCCAAUGGCCGGGAGUUGACCACGCCCACGAGAAUGACGCUGCGAGAGCAGCUGAGAGAGAAGAUAUCAGUGGCCUUCUACCGCCACGGGCUACUGUGUGCCUCCUACCCAGUACCCAUCAUCCUCUUCACCUCCGCCAGCAUCCUCACCUGCUGCUAUCCGUUACUGAGGCUUCCACUGCCCGGGACAGGUCCUGUGGAAUUCACCACAGGGGUGCGAGACUACAGCGUCCCUUCUCAUGAGCCUCAUGGAGACCUAGAAAGGCCUGACUGGUACCAUGGACCUCCGGUUGCCUACAUCCAGCAGGUGUUGGUGAAGGCGGCGGUGUCUCCAUGGGACAGCAACCUGGUGCCGGUAGAUGUGUUUCGAUCGCCUCUUGGAAAAGUCUUUAGUCUGCUGGAGGAGAUCCGCAACCAUGUCCACACUGACAGCUCUGGCAUUCGCAGCCUGGAGUCGCUGUGUCUCCAGGUGACGGACCUGUUUCCAGGGUUACGGCGGAUGCAGUCGGUGCUGCCAGAACAUGGCUGUCUGGUCGUCUCUCCGGGCAACUACUGGCAGAAUCAGCGGGAGCUGUUCGACUCGGAUCCUGACCUCCUGAAGACCAUCCAGAAACAUGAACCGAAAGGACUGCACACCUCGGCAACGCUGCGAGAUCUGCUGUUUGGCAUUCUUGGAAAAUACACAGGAGUCAGUCACUACAACAGGAAGAGGGUGGUGACGUACACGAUCACUGUGGUUCUUUCCAGCUACGAUGCAAGUUUUCUCGGCAGCUUGCGGACCCGUCUGAAACAGCUUCACCCCUCCGCCAACUGCAGCUUGAGAGAUGACCACAUGGUUCACGUCCACUUCAAAGAGGAGAUCGGCAUCGCUGAACUCAUUCCCCUCGUCACCACUUACAUCAUCCUCUUCGCCUACAUCUACUUCUCCACUCGUAAGAUCGACAUGGUGAAGUCCAAGUGGGGUCUGGCUCUGGCUGCUGUGGUCACAGUCCUGAGCUCUCUUCUCAUGUCUGUGGGACUGUGCACGCUGUUUGGACUCACACCAACACUCAAUGGCGGCGAGAUCUUCCCUUACCUGGUGGUGGUGAUCGGCCUGGAAAACGUGUUAGUUCUCACCAAAUCUGUCGUUUCUACUCCUGUUGACCUUGAGGUCAAACUCCGUAUUGCUCAGGGCCUUAGUAAUGAGAGCUGGUCUAUCAUGAAGAACAUGGCUACUGAGCUGUGCAUCAUUCUCAUUGGAUAUUUCACACUGGUGCCGGCUAUCCAGGAGUUCUGUCUUUUUGCUGUCGUGGGACUGGUUUCCGAUUUCUUCCUGCAAAUGUUCUUUUUUACAACAGUGCUAUCUAUAGAUAUCCGCCGCAUGGAGCUGGCUGACCUGAACCGCCGCCUGCCAGCCGAAGCUGGUCUUCCCCCUCCAAAACCAGGCCCCUUGCGACCACGUGAGGUCCCCCCUCCACCACGACCGUCCCCACACACAAUUACCCUGCAGACCCCAGCCUUCAGGAACCUGAGGCUCCCCAAGAGGCUACGAGUGGUUUACUUCCUGGCUCGGACACGUCUGGCUCAGCGGAUCAUCAUGGCUGGCACAGUGAUCUGGAUCGGCAUCCUCGUCUAUACCGACCCGGCAGGGAUUCGGACCUACCUGGCUGCACAGGUGUCCGAGCAAAGCACUCUAGGAGACCCCGGAGGAGGUGGUCUGCCCCCCCACCUGGCAGUAGUGCCUGUUUUUCGCGGUGGGGAUCCUACCAGCACCUUGAGCAUCCACUCUGCACCUGAUCCAACUCCCUUACCUGAGAACCAGUCACAGGGCCACCACGGCUCAGCCAGAGGAGGAUCUCUUCCCCUGGCCCCACCCGCUGUCCCUCAGAUCUCCUGGGGGGUUGAGGAUGAUGAAGGAUGGAGGAGAUUGUCUUUCAGGCACUGGCCAUCACUUUUCAGCUACUACAACAUCACUUUAGCAAAGAAGUACAUUAGCAUCUUACCUGUCAUUCCUGUCACCAUUCACCUGACUCCCCAGGAGGCCAUUGACAUGCGCCACCCUCAGGAUACCAGACACCCUCCGCCCCCCAUCCCCAAAGUCUCUGUAGAUUUACAGACGGACCUCACCCUCUACAAGGUGGCAGCCCUGGGCCUGGCUGCAGGCGUCCUGCUAGUUCUUCUGCUCUUCUGUCUCUACCGAGUUCUGUGCCCUCGUAACUACGGCCAGAACGGUGUCUCUCAUGGGCGCCGGCGGCGAGGCGACCUGCCCUGCGACGAUUACGGUUAUUCACCGCCUGUCAGCGAGAUCUCGCCGCUUCUGCUAAGGGGCCACAGCAUGGACAUUGAGUGUUUGGCCAGUGAUGGGAUGCUGCUGGCCAGCUGUUGUCUGGCUGGACAGAUCCGUGUUUGGGAUGCUCAGACUGGAGACUGUCUGACUGUCAUUCCAAAGCAAGGAUUAAGGCGGAGCAGCAGCAGUGGCUGCUGGGAGCAGAGAGACGUUUGGGACAAUAUAAGCGGCACCACCGAGUCGGACUGUGAACCUCGAGACCCCUCCAUCUGCUGCGACGGGAUACCGGAGGACAAGAGUUACCCUCUGAGAUGCCGCAGCUCACCUACCCGCCCGCCUCUGUUCACCGACCAGCCCGAUCUGACGCCGCUCAUCGACACCAACUUCACCUCCCAGCCACCGUGCAACCCCUCCACACCACCCAGAGGAGGCUUUGACUUUGGAGGACUGGUGGAGCGUGCCUACAUGGAGCACGAGUCCCCAUCACCUUCCACCUACCCCUCUGCUUCCUCAGCCUCCUCCUCACCUCCUUCAGGAGCUCAGGUCCAGAGGAGUCCAAGCUUAGGGGACUCAGCUGGGCUCUUGAACCCAGAGAAAGACUCUGUAACUGGGACACAAGCAUCAGCAGCGUCUGGAGACUGGGAGAGUGCUGUCUGGGCCAUGGAACUGAGAGGGAACCUGAUAGCUGCUGGAAGGAGCAGCGGCAAACUGGAGCUGUGGGAUGCAGUUGAAGGGUCUCUGCGGUGCAGUAAUGAAGAUGGAGUCUCUGGGAUCACAGCUCUGGCCUUCCUCAACAACAGAAUUGUGGCGGCUCGGCUGAACGGGUCCUUGGAUUUCUUCACAGUUGAGAUCAACAAACCUUUAGGCCUUCUGCAGUACAGAGGUGGCCCUGGGCGAGGCAGCGUGCCGCCUUCUCCUUGUUACAGCAGCGAAGACCUGAUCAGCUGUCAGCUCACACGCUCUGUGCAGUGCGCUCACCAGAAGCCGAUCACGGUGCUGCGAGCGGCCGCCGGCAGGGUCGUCACCGGCAGCCAGGACCACACAGUCCGGGUUUACCGACUGGAGGACUCGUGCUGCCUCUUUACUCUGCAGGGCCACUCUGGAGGGAUCACAGCCAUCUAUAUUGAUCAGACGAUGGUUCUGGCCAGCGGCGGGCAGGACGGCGCCAUCUGUUUGUGGGACGUCCUGACAGGAAGCCGUGUCAGUCACGUCUACGGUCACCGUGGCGACGUCACCUCGCUGGUCUGCACUACCUCCUGCGUCAUCAGCUCAGGACUGGAUGACAUCAUCUGUAUCUGGGACCGCAGCACCGGGAUCAAACUGUACUCGAUCCAGCAGGAGGUGGGCUGCGGGGCCAGUCUGGGGGUGAUCUCCGAGUCUCUGCUGGUGACGGGGGGUCAGGGCUGCGUCUCCUUCUGGGACCUGAACUUCGGCGACCUGCUGCAGACGGUCUACCUGAGCCCGAGCGGCGACGGUCAGGGCGUCCGGCAGCUGCUGGUGCUCGACAACGCCGCCAUCGUCUGCGACUUCGGCAGCGAGCUCAGCCUGGUCUACGUGCCUUCGGUGCUGGAGAAGCUGGACUGAGGAGCGUGGGCAGCCGGCACCGGUGGGAACACUCAGAACAUGCACGUGUUGCUCUGGAUGAGACGACAUCAUCAGACUCGCGUUUUAAUUUUAGCACUAACGUGUUUUAAACCUAGACGUGGAGGGAGGACAGCUGGACGCUUCUCUCUUUAGCC